AUGCAUAUCAAAUUAACAACCGAUGUGCCCGUGUACUAUAGACCCUACAAAUUAUCGCAUGGCGAAAAAUUAAAAGUACGCACUAUAGCGAAGGAUCUGCUCGAUAAAGGAAUUAUUCGCGAGUCCGAUUCAGAAUACGCUAGUCCGAUCUUGCUCGUAAAAAAGAAGGAUGGUUCUGAUAGAAUGGUCGUUGACUAUCGUGCAUUGAAUCGAAUAACCGUUAAAACUAGAUAUCCUCUCCCCUUGAUCAACGACUAUAUAGACAGGCUAGGCAAUGGUCGCUGGUUUAGCUCUCUGGAUAUGGUUUCCGGUUUCCAUCAACUUAGAGUUGCAGAAGAGUCGAUUCAUAAGACCGCAUUCGUUACACCAGAGGCGCAGUAUGAAUAUUGCAAGGUACCCUACGGUUUGGCGAACGCGCCUAUAUUUUAUCAGAAGACUAUCUCUAAAACGCUUAAAUCUUUUAUCGAUGCCGGAAAAGUCAUGGUCUACAUAGAUGACGUAUUAAUAAUGACGGUCGGGAUUGACGAACACCUCGUUUUAUUAGAUUCGGUUAUGAAAACGCUAACUGAAACAGGUUUUUCAAUUAAUUUAAAGAAAUGUACUUUUGUUACUAACGAAAUAGAAUACUUGGGUAGGAUUAUAAGAGAUGGUCAGGUUAGACCGAGCAAUUAUAAAAUUGAUGCGUUAGUUAAAUCACCACGACCGAGUAAUAUCAAACAGGUUCGCCAAUUUCUUGGCCUCGCAGGAUACUUCCGAAGAUACAUUCCUAAUUACGCACUAAAGACUGCGCAAAUCGCCGCUUUAACUAGAAAAGGAGUAAUCUUUAAUUGGAGCGAUGAACACGAAAUUGCACGUCAAAAUAUCAUUUCUUAUUUAACUAAUGAACCAAUUUUGGCAAUAUUCGACCCCGAAUUGACAACUGAGUUGCAUACGGAUGCCAGUUCUAUUGGUUACGGUGGAAUCCUCAUGCAAGUACACAAGGACGACCGCAGGCGGGUAGUUGCUUAUUUUAGCAAGUUGACUGCUAGUGCGGAAUCCAAGUAUCACAGCUAUGAGCUGGAGACCCUCGCGGUAGUGAAAUCGUUACAACAUUUUAGGCAAUAUUUAAUUGGCAAAUCAUUUAAGAUAGUCACAGACUGUAAUGCAUUAAAAAUGACACAACGUAAGAAGAAUCUCCAACCCAGAGUUGCAAGAUGGUGGAUAUACAUGCAGGACUUCGACUUCUCAUUAGAAUACCGUAAAGGCACGCUUAUGUCGCACGUAGACUACUUAAGUAGGAACCCGGUUAAUAUGAUUAGCAUUGUUCAAAAACCACGAAAUUGGGCCCAAGUGGCACAGGCAGGUGACGAGGAGACAUUAACGUUACUUGAAAAAUUAAAUAACGGUAAAUUAGACAACACGCGUUACGUGAAACGUAAUGAACUCUUGUACUAUAAGUAUGACGUCACGGGUGAGCAAGCGCGAUUCUUAUGCUAUGUACCAAAGGCGUUUCGGUUAAGUUUACUACGCGUUUUCCACGACGAGCAUGAACACAUCGGUAUAGACAAAACUACUGAUCUGAUCCUGGGACACUUCUGA